CUCGUUUCUUUCCUUGAAUAGUUCACGUUGUGUUUGUGUGUUUUUGGUGCUAGCGGCUAACAAGAAGCGGCGCUUUAGAAGCGGCUGCGGUCUAUGCUGUCUCGCGGAGGAUUGGUACACUUAUUAGGAAAGAGGAUACGCGCGUGGCCGCGGACAGCCGCCAUGGGGAACGACUGCAGUAACAACCUGGGCAUCCCUCCAGGCAAGGGCCCCCACGCUGUGGGCUGCACCGACUUCAUGAUGGACCACACCGCACAGGGCAGCUUCUUCCGGCUCUACUAUCCCUGCCAAGAGACGGAGAAACCAGUCAAACCAGACUGGGUCCCGUGCGUGGAGUAUUUCAACGGCCUGGCCGACUUCAUGAAGAUCAACAGGACUUUCGGCGAGAGGAUCUUCAACUACCUUUUCGGCUCCUUUAAGAUCCCGGCCGCCGUGGACGCUCCGUUUAAAUCCGAUGCAAAAUGUCCCGUCGUGAUCUUCUCCCACGGCCUCGGAGCGUUCAGGACUCUCUACUCCGCUAUAUGUGCAGAAAUGGCCUCGCAGGGCUUCAUCGUGGCAUCCGUGGAACACAGAGACCAGUCGGCCGCGGCGACCUAUUUCCUCCGCGAGAAGACGGAGUCGGAGAAGGCCGACAAGAGCGAGCCCGAGGCCUCGGGCCCGGUCCAGAACCACCUGGUGAGGGAGUGGAUGUACUACAGGAGCCUGCAGCACGGGGAGAAGGAGUUCCCCCUCCGGAACCAGCAGGUGAAGCACAGAGCGGACGAGUGCAUCCUGGCUCUGGACCGACUCACCGAGAUCAACUCGGGGGUCACGAUGCACAACGCUCUGCAGACUCGGUUCGACUGGACGACGCUGGAGAACUCCAUGGAUCUGUGCCGGGUCGCCGCGGUGGGGCAUUCCUUCGGGGGGGCGACGGUGAUAGAAGCUCUGGGCAAGGAGGUUAAAUUCAAGUGCGGCGUGGCGCUGGACUCCUGGAUGUUGCCUCUCGACGACGAGCUCUUCGCGCGGGUGAAGCAGCCCAUCUUCUUCAUCAACUCGGAGAAGUUCCAGUGGGCGGGGAACAUCAGCCGCAUGAGGAAGCUGGACUCGGCCGUCGUCCAGCGGAAGAUGAUCACCAUCAGGGGCGCCGUCCACCAGAGCUUCCCGGACUUCACCUUCCUGACGGGGAACUGGAUCGGCAAGCUGCUGAAGCUGAAGGGAGAGAUCGACCCCGAGGUCGCCAUGGACCUGUGCAACAAGGCCACGCUGGCCUUCCUGCAGCGCCACCUCGGGCUGCAGAAGGACUUCAACCAGUGGGACCCUCUGAUUGACGGCCAAGACGAGAACCUCAUCCAAGGAACCAACGUCACGGUGCUCCAGUCCUCCAUCUGAACCGGUCCCGGCCCGCUCGCCGUGACAGACGGACUGACAGUUUGAAACCGUGAAUCUCUCCCUCAUCACGACGGAUACGACCAGCGUUCAGUUUCAGGCCUGAAUGUUCCCUUACGACCUGGAAAUGAUUUGACUGGUUUGAAUGAGGCCGUGAUGUCAUUAGACUGAACGCCGACGAUCGCCGUGUGAUUCCGGAACGAGGCCGACGACGAGGCGUAUCCGACUGGCGCCGAGAGGACGAAGGGAGAUCGGAGGACUCAGACUGCAGAUUCAUUAUUAUCCAAACUACAUCCAUCCGGAUUCAACAGGGCAGCUACACACAGGAAGUAGAUCAGGAGAAGGUUCAGAUGAGCUUCACGCCACUGGGAACUUUUAUACUCUCAUCGUCUACCACAAACACAAUAAAUCUGGUUUGAACUCUU